AUGCCUAAUUUACUUAAUCUUCUUCCACCAGAAUUAAUACCAUUCAUAACGAAGCAUCUUCCAAUUCAAGAUCUUAAAAAUUGCUGUAGUUUAGAUGAUAUAUGGAAAGCUGAAGCAAUUAGAGAAAUUCGCAAAAGAUUAAUAGUGGACUGUACAUUUGUUGAUAAAAAUACAACUGUUAAAGCGCUAAUUGACCCUAAGUCCCAGCAUGGUAGUAUUAGCAAAACACUUGCCAAAAAAAUGGAUUUAUAUAUUACAAGAAUGUAUGGAUCAAAAUAUCCUGCAGUAAUAGACCUUGGUAUUGGUGCAACAAAUGCUGGCAAGAAAGUGAUGAGGAGGGGUUGGAUUGACAGAGAAAAAGUUUCUGUUACUUUGCCAAAUAUCUUUGAUGAUAUAGUACCGCCUUCAUAUUUGGGAAUAGAUACAGCAAAUUUUGUAGUUGUUGACAAGCCUGAAUAUGAUUUGGUUUUAGGACAUGUAUGCCAAUAUCGCACAAGAAAUGAUAUUUGGGAAUUACCUCUUUCAUUGCAUACAUUCUACGAGCUAUUAUUCCCUAAAUUUAUUGCAAUGGAGUCAGAUGGAGAAGCUAUAAUAACCAAAUUUUCCAAACAUAAACGCGACUUCGAUGGUCUAAAUGAAUAUUACGAUUCAGAAUACUCUGAAACAGAAGCGACUAGUGAAAGGAAUGAGAAUAACAGCGAAACAGCCACCACCAAUAAUAACCAAGAUAAUAGAAGGAAUGAGAAUACCACUGAAACGGCCACCACCAAUAAUAAUCAAGAUAAUAGAAGGAAUGAGAAUACCAGUGAAACAGUCACCACCGGUAAUAAUCAAGAUAAUGGAAACAAUGUAAAUAAUGUUAAUGAUGUGAGUCAGCCACCUUCUUAUAUGGAAUCUAUAAAUGAAGAGAGGAAUCCGUGA